AUGAGUGAGACAUGUGAAUUCAGCACAUUGAAGAACUCCCUUAUCAAAGAUAGAAUUGUGCUUGGCAUCAGUGACGCUAAGACGAGAGAGAGACUGCUCAGGAUUUCAGACCUCACCCUGGAGAAGGCUAUAGAGUGGUUCGAUCUGCAGAGGCAACAGAAAAACAGUCAAAGGACAUGGCAAGCGACUAAUCCGUACGUGGAAUUGGAAUGGAGAAGAAAAAUCCACCCCUCAGAGGAACACCCUCAGCCAAUGAAGAUAGACUCUCUUCAAGCAAGAUAUUUAAAUGUAGAAACUGUGGAAUAAGACAUGGUGUACGAGAAUGCCCGGUGUAUGGCAAGACAUGUCAUAAUUGCAUUGCCAAGAAACAGCAUCAUUUCAAGAGUAUGUGCCGGUCACUGAAAAAA